AUGUCCGGAAUGCCAAAUAUACCAACUCACAUGUUACAGACCUGGAAACUUGAGCCACCGGAAACCGACUCACAUUAUAGAUCAUACGAUCCGUCUUUGUAUGAGCCCGACGCGGGGCCGGGGACGCUCGGCUACACCAACUUCAACCCCCCUUCCAUUGACGCUUUUAUUGAAUCAUCGCCCUCUAUCGGAAUUCCAAUUGUCACAGACCUCAACUCUGGUAGAAAUACUGGUGGCAAGCACGAACUUAACACUCUGAAUCCACAUUCCCAAACGAGGGUAUCAAGCUACUCAGCUUUCUGGAGUACUGUUGUCGGCAGCUCCAAUUUCAAAGCGAUUACCUUCGCUGUCGUGGAUCGAAUCCUGUUUCACAACACCGAAUCCAGCCAACAACCCGUUGCCUAUGGAGCGGAAUAUACAGUCGUGGAGAAUGGCCGAAAGCGCAAGAAUAUAGUGUAUGCCAACAAAGAAGUGAUUCUAUCGACAGGUGCACUGCAGACUCCUAAAAUGCUGAUGUUGUCCGGAAUAGGGCCACGGCAAAUACUAGAAGAUCUUCAGAUCCCACUUAUAUACGAGAAUGAGUGGGUGGGGAAACACCUUUACGAUUCGCCAUCUGUAUCCAUGGUUAUCAGGACAACUGAUGAAGCAUCGACCAAUCAGUUCCAGCAAGACAUGAGCUCGGUCGAGGCCGCGAUGAUCGAGAAAUCCCGGAAGCCUAAUAGCUCCUCUAACCCACUCAAUACGAUUGAUGGAAAUUCAGGUCCAGCAUUUUCUUUUGCUACACUCAACAUGUCAGACCUGGAUGCAGUAGGAGCAUCUUACCUUGCAGUGAAUCGUUCUGAACAGGCACAUUACGAAGUGAUCCUGUGGACUUCUCUGUAUCCCUUACCCUCCGACACACCUACCCUGAAUAACUACUACGACUUCAGCAACUACACCCAAGAAUCCUACGUUUCGCUAGCAUCUUACAUGCUGGUGCCAGGAACGGGCGGCAAUGUAACUGUUAAUUCACGGGACGCCUCAGCUCCUCCUUUGAUCAAUCUACCGUUUUACGAGGCUGCAAGCGAUCUGAAUAUUCAGAUUCUGUCCAUCAAGCGACUUAGGACUCUGAUAUCUCAGAGCGAAUUUUCUCAAUACACGUCUGGGCCUGCGAACGGCGAAAUCGUCCCGGGACCAGCUGUUCAAUCGGAUGAAGAUAUUGCCAACUUUAUUCGCGAGACCAGUGUCUCCUCAGCCCACCAGGCUGGAACUGCUGCAAUGCGUCCCCUCGACGAUGAGGGCGUCGUAAGCCCAACUCUUGAAGUGUACGGAGUGCAAGGGUUACGGGUUGUCGACGCUUCGAUCAUGCCACUCUUCGUGGAUCAGCAUCCGACUGCUGCAAUCUAUAUGAUUGCGGAGAAAGCUGCUCAAAUGAUCAGGGAGAAGUACAGCACAUAG